AUGAUGGUAGCCCACCCAGCAAGAAUUGCCCUUUGCGGCUAUUCUUUAGCUACUGCUGUGACAGCGGCAGCUCUUCACCCAACCCCGCUCGAACAUCGGGAUCUGACCGUUGCUGAGGCUGAAAAUCAUUUCCACGAUGCUCUAGCAACGAGUGAGUACGACAUGUCCCUAUUUGACGGCAAUAUUACCGAUCUCUCAACCAGUCUUGUUGACUGGAACGGAUGUGAUGAGAAAGAGAUAUCCAUGAUUUAUUCUGGCUGGCAGCAGUCCUGGAAGAUCAUGAAUUUGCUGUACUCAGAGGCUUCCACAAUGAACUUCAAUGAAGCAGCGGCCGUCGAAUACCUUGAGACCUCAAGAUGUGGCCCGAAGAUGGCAAAGACUCUUGCGAGAUACAAAUACGACACAGGCCAUUGGAUCGCCCAGAGCUGCGAGAAUCUGACGUUGUAUGCCAUGGCAAGAUAUGUGCAAAAGGCGCUAGGAAAUGUUUAUCCUCACCUACCUCUCGCCCCAGAACCCCCCUCGAGCCCACCCACGGAAGGAGUCGAACCCGCGUUUACAGUUGGUGAUCUUUUUACCAUGCAUUCCGACGGAACGGUCACCAUCAUUAAUUCCACCGCUCUCCAGGUCAUCAAGCCAGGGACCAAGCUACGCAUUCUCGGCGUGGGAGACUCCAUCACUGUUGGAUUCCUCAGCGAGAGGGAUGGAGGCGACGGUAACGGCUACAGACUAAAGCUGCAACAAGACUUGUCAAAGGAUGAAGUUGUCUUCGUGGGGACUGAGUCUGCUGGAGGCACGAUGUCUGGUGGAUAUUUUGCUGCAUGGUCAGGCCAGACGAUCCAGUACAUCUCGGAACACGUUAGCAGCUCAUUAGAGCAACGGCCGAAUAUUAUCCUUGUGCACGCCGGCACAAACGACAUGAAUCCUAACCUUAAUAUUGCUAAGCAAGGCAAUGAUCCGAGCAGAGCGGCUAGUCGGCUUGGCAAGCUUAUCGAUCAGAUUGUGGACGCUUGCCCGGACGCCGUCGUCCUUGUGGCUAUGAUCAUCAGUACUUGUGAAGAAGCCCAGCAGGUGAAUACAGCUCAGUACCAGGCUCUCAUUCCGGGCAUCGUGCAGUCUCGUCGAGCCAUUGGCAAGCACGUUCUCGCGGUCGAUUUCACUACUUUCCCUACAGGAUCUCUUCGGGACUGCAUUCACCCAACAAAUCAAGGCUACCGGGACUUUGGCGAUUACUGGUAUGACUUCAUCUCUCAGAUCCCUUCCGAUUGGAUCCGCCAACCUGUGGGCGACGACCCAGACCGACCGACACUACCCGGCAUCGAUGCGAACGGCGGCUUAGAUGGGGCUAUCCCGUCUCCGAGCUGGGGAAUCAACCCGAUCCAGGUGAGCUCGAGAAGCAGCGUUCGGACGGCUGCUCUUCUCGGUGGGAGCGGCGGGGAGCGCACUUGCAAGGGCGGGCCAGUGUGGCGAGCCACAGGCAUGAUCGCAUCCGGCUUUGGAAAAGCUGGCGGCUGGCAAUAUCGCAAAAACUGGAUCGAAGCGGGCAAAGUCGCUGAUGGACUCAAAUUAGACUCCAAAUUCGUUCGCAUCAUCGGCAGUGGUGCCGGUGUUGCAGAGUCUGUUUUCUUGGCGGAUAUGAACGGUGAUGGCCUCGAGGAUUACAUGAUCGUCAACCCGCAAAAUGGAGCAGUGAAGAUCUGGUGGAACUAUGGAGCAGACGAGUCCUGGGUCAAUGGAUGGAAGUUUAUUGACGGAGGUCAAAUAGCAUCUGGUGUUCCUCAUGCUAACUGGGCCACACUCCGAUUCCCGGACAUCAACGGCGAUGGUCGCGCGGACUACGUGUAUAUUGGAGCUGGCGGGUCUCUCUCCCAUUGGAUGAACACAGGGACUGCAGGAGGGCAAGAUGUGGUCUUCUAUUUUCAAGGGGGCAUUGCUACUGGUGGCACAUCUGAUAUCUCAAAUCUUGUGUUCGCCGACGUGGAUGGCGAUGGCCGCGACGACUACCUCAUUUGGGACGCCCAGGCAGGUCUCACAGGCUUUUUGAACCAGCCAACGAGAAGUGAAGGAGUGCCACUUUACGUCAAUCAGGGGCAGGCGAAAACGAUUGCAGAUGGUAUCACGCAAGAUCCGAAGAACAUUAGACUGGCUGACAUGGAUGGAUUGAAGACUAUGUUUGGCUUCAUCCAGACACCGGGGCACCGACCGUUUUGUUUAAGCUUGAAUAAGGGUCCCAAUGAUGAUGAUGCUCUGGGGUGGUUAUGGAGUCCAGUCAACAAUGGAAAUCCAAUCGCGUCAGGAGCUGGUCCAGGAAACACUGUUCACUUUGGAGACAUUAAUGGGCAAGUUUUUGAUGGAAAAGACGAUUAUUUGGUCCUUGACCCGAAAACAGGAGAACUACACGCGUAUUUGAACAAGGGGCCCGAUGAAUCCAAGGCAGAGAAGUGGCUUUGGGACCCUGUCGGAUCGAUCGCCACCGGCCUGGGACCCGGCGCGAAUGUGCGCUUCGCUGAUAUCGAUGGCGACGGCUAUGAUGAUUACAUAUUUCUCAAGUCGAAUGGUGGAAUAACAAUUUACAGAAACGUCUGGGAAACUAACAAGCCGCCAUCAAGUUGGAGACCACUGCCGGAGGCUGACGCUUCAGGCAUUGGGCAGAGACCUGAAGAAAUUGACUUUGUUGACAUUAAUGGUGAUGGAAAGGCCGACUAUGUCUGGACACGUGCUCGCGAUGGCGCCGCUAGGGUCUGGCUCAACAAUUAUCCCAAUCAGCCGACCUGGCUCGAACAGCCUGAGAUCGCCGGCGGCGUCGGGGUGUCUGGAAGUGAUGUGAGGUACGCCAUCCUUCAGAACACAGGUCGGGCCAGCUACGUCGCCGUCGACCGCACAAAUGGCGCUAUUGCCGCCUGGCUGAACAGUUGUACCCAGCUCCGCGACCAUCCCCGUCCAAACUUCGUCUUCAUUGGCCUCAGGGAGACGUUCACUGAGUCGGUUUUGGCUCGUUCUUGGAUCAUUUACGAGUCCGCAACAGGGAGCACUAUUGAUAUCUGUGAUGAUGAGCCCAAGGGUGCCUUCGCGGCGGCCACCACUUCAUCGAACCCAAAAUUCCCCACGAAUCUCGGCGAGUUUGAUGUUCAUGGUGUCGAAGGAUGUGUGUACUCUGGUUCCCAGGAUGAGCCAGAUUCCUCUGUGACUACUGGCCCGAAUAGCGAUGCUCCUAUCCUGCAAGCUGCGACCUAA